AUGAGCGUGCUAACAAGUCUUCGUAUGUUGAAGGUACGCACCGGCUGUGUCACUUGCAAGAUACGGAAAGUCAAGUGCGAUGAGACCAAACCAUUCUGUCUGAGAUGCACAAAGACCGGGCGUAAAUGCGAUGGGUAUCUGGAUCCACGGAACCUGGCCUCGAGGCGCCGACCCAAAGACCCCACACCUCAGGACCGUGUCCUGGGUCCGUUACUCGACCUUUCUACACCAGAGGAGAAGCGAGCUUUCUACUUCUUUCAGCAUGUCACCGCGCCAUGCAUCUCGGGAGACUUUGACGCAGUUUUCUGGAGGAGUGUUGUGCUCCAAGUUGCUCAGACUGAGCCAGCGGUCCGCCAUGCCGUGCUCUCCGUGAGCACCUUGCACGAGGGGCUCACACAAGGCACAAUCGUCCAGUCAACAGAUGGCUGCCCGACACAGUCCUUCGCUUUGCAACAGUACAACAAAGCUAUCGCUCGUCUCCUGGACCAGAUGAACAACCCACUCACCAAGCCGCUGGCAUCACUUCUCACCUGUGUUCUCUUCGUCUGUAUUGAGUUCUUGCAGGGAAAGGACAAAGAGUCUCUCAUACAUCUUGAGCAGGGCCGACAGCUUCUAACUCGGCUGGAUGAGCGGUAUAAUGGCCCUGAGAUGGAAUGUAUCCUACGUCACGUCGUUCCUCUAUAUACGCGACUGAGCUUAACAUCGUUUCUUUUUGGCGGCACCCCUGUGGCCCUACCAGAUUCGUUGAAGUCCCGUGGGGACAUACCUGAUACGUUCGGGUCAAUGGACCACUUGAGGUAUUUCAUGCACGAAUUCAUGGAGCAAGCCUUCCGAUUUACGCAUCGAGCACGGCCGGCCAAGAAUAGCAGCGACUCAAUAUCGCGGGAGACGAUGCAGUUGCUCGAGGUCGAACAAGACCGCCUACUUUGCCGAUUAGCCAAGUUUAAUGUGGCCUUCUCACUCUUCCAAGCAUCAAGAACGAAGCCGGGCCCUGAGAACACUCUUCUUGUCCUGCAAAUGUAUCUGCAUGCCCAAUAUAUCUGGAUCUCUACGGCGUUGAGCUCGUCAGAGGUGGUUUACGAUAACUACCUAGCUCAGUUCGCAGCGAUCGUUCCCUUGGCAGCUGCAUACAUUGACCUCGAAACCUCGCAACAACACCAACCAGUGUUCCCGCCUCAAAGACAUGGAUCUGCCACGAUCCCAACACAUCCCUCUUCGGGUCCUAGCCAGCAAUUACCUGGAGGCAACUUUACUUUCGAGACCCACAUAAUCCCCCCUCUCUACUAUGUGGCCACCAAAUGUAGGCACCCCCUGAUCCGUCGAUCAGCACUCAGCCUACUCAGACGAGAUCCAUCCCGACGAGAAAACCUCUGGCGAGCUAGUGUGAUGGGUGCACUGGCGGGACAUGUGGUGUCCCUUGAGGAGCAAUGGGCUCAGAGGCAGAGUUUCUCAUCGAUAUCUGCAUCUCAAUCUCCGCAGUAUUCGAGCAUAAGGAGUACCAGUGUCGGCCAUAACACUGCAUCCGAGCGCAGCAUGGAGCAACAAUCUAGACUCCAGCCGGAAUUUUCAAGUCACGAAAAGCCUCGCGGCACGAACAGAGCAACAGAGCAGAUAAAUACAGAAAUCCAAAAUAAUUCGGGACCGCGUCCGGUCCCCGAUUUUCGAUUCGUCGAUUUCGAUGCCGACCAACGCAUGGAGCCGUCUACAGACCAAGUAUUUCAGAGAGAUGCCAAUGUUCCUUCGUCGCUCAGUCAGGAACCUUCUCUCACGUCUUCAACAGACGGUUGUUCAUUCAAUUCGGCCAUGGAUUCGGCAGCAAGUGGCUUACCCUCGCGGGAAAAUGAGCUUGCCAUAUGGCCGCAUGAAGCACAUCAACAACCAGAUCACAGCAGCCAGGAUUCGUAUCAGCCGGACUUAGGAAAGGACUUUGCGCCAACAACCCCGUAUUUGUACCAUCACAACGAGAAGCAAAUGCAUCUCACCGGACAUGCGACGGGUGACUCUGCAUCUCACUCGAGUUUGGGUGGAUCUUCGCCCGAUGCAGACGAGCAAAGCUAUCAGACUAUCUUGGGCAAUCAAUCACAGCAGGAUAGCUUCUACCAGUCGGCAACGACAAAUGCGAUUCCUUGGGAUCAGCAGCAGCAACAUCUUACAAGCAGUACUCUCCCAAGCGGUCUCAUCACAGAGGCGCCAUUUGGGCUAGCGGAGGAGCUACGAGUCCACGACGCCAUCAUCGGACGUGAGAGAGAGGACGGCAGCUGGGUUGUCGUAUUCAGAAAACUACAUGGGGCUGACGCAGAGUGGGAUGUGCAGACCGACUGGGUGGCUACAGGAUAA